AUGGCCUGGGGGCCAGUACUGAUGUGGGGUAGCAUUGUGGCCUACCGUAUUGUCGCCUCAGGACGCGUGGAGGAUGUGUCACGCGGCGGCGCUCGGGGUAGCGUCGUGAAGAUCACAGAAGAGGCCAGGAACAAGCUCGAAGAGUACCUCAACGAGAAUUGCACAUUUACAUUAGAAGCUAUGCGCACGAUGCUCUUUUUGGACACGGAAAUUAACGUCUCCACCUCAACGAUCUGCCGCCACUUGCUGGGCAUGUUGUACACGGCGUGGUGA